GGAUGUAACCAGUUGAGUCGUCCGGCAGCCGAGAGGCCGAUUAGCACUCAAGCUAACGUAACCCAAAUAGUCAAAAACCGUAAUUUUUAAAAUUUUUAUUCCACAUUGAACUUUGGUAACUCCAGCGAAUAAAGAUGAUUAAAGCCAUAUUGAUUUUUAACAACCACGGGAAGCCGCGGCUGAUCAGAUUCUAUCAGUAUUUUGCGGAGGACAUGCAACAGCAGAUCAUUCGGGAGACUUUCCAUUUGGUAUCUAAGAGAGAUGACAACGUCUGCAACUUCUUGGAGGGGGGAAGUCUCAUUGGUGGCUCCGACUACAAGUUGAUUUACCGACACUACGCCACCCUCUACUUUGUCUUCUGCGUGGACUCGUCUGAGAGUGAGCUCGGCAUCCUGGACCUUAUUCAGGUGUUUGUGGAAACGCUGGAUAAAUGUUUUGAAAAUGUCUGCGAACUGGACCUCAUAUUCCACAUGGACAGGGUUCAUUAUAUCUUGCAGGAGGUGGUGAUGGGAGGCAUGGUGCUGGAGACCAACAUGAAUGAAAUCGUAGCUCAGGUGGAGGUGCAGAACCGCAUGGAGAAGUCAGAGGGAGGUCUGUCGGCAGCCCCCGCUCGCGCCGUCUCCGCCGUGAAGAACAUGAACCUGCCUGAGAUUCCCCGUAACAUCAACAUUGGAGACAUCAAUAUCAAAGUGCCGAGCCUCUCCCCGUUCUGAAGAGCAUUCCCGCUGAGCUAUGCAGGUCUGGCGUACUACUGAUGCAGUCCUCCUCCACCCAGCUCUGUGGCUGAUGCUGAGAACACUGGCUUUUCUGUAUAUAAAUGUACAAUAGAACCACAGCAGCAGACUCUCCUUCAUUCUUAUCUCAUAUGUAUGGGAGGUAAGCUGCGGUUCAUUUUUGAGUUCUGCUGUAUACAUGUUACAGAGUGCUCCAGUUGAAGGAUUUGCACAAUAAUGUAAAGUUUAAUUCUACAAGGCACCAAGAGUAAUAUAAUUAUCUAUAUAUUUUUUGGUUUUCUUGGUUGUUUUUUAUGUCUCCAGUUCAUUUCUUACUCUUUCCAAAAGACAAAUGAACUGUCAUAGUCCAGUGUGUAUUUUCCUGCACAGCUCUUCCAAAUCUCUGAGGCUCAUCAGCGGUUGUUCUGAAUAAGUUCCGAAAACGUUCCCUCCUGUUUGGAAGCAGUUUUUGGACUCGUUCAGUUCACUGUAAUGUGAUUCCUUGGCUUCUGUUUUUGGCUAUAAUUACUCAAACACUGGCUUGGUUCUUGUCGCAAUCAAUUUUUCCUUCUCUGUAAUAUAUUUUGUCUCUGACAUCUUUGUGAUUUGUGAAUAAUAUUAUUGUUCUCCUGGGGGCAGAUUGUGCAGAAAAUGUAAGUGCUGUUUAGUUGAAGCCAAGUUUUAAUGUGCUGUGAUAGGAUCUUGCCAACAUCUGUGCAGAGAAGCAACAGACUACAGUAAAUGUGACCUUCUUUGGCUCUUUUAGUGUUUGUAUAAAGUGUGUUUUAUUUUCUGAUUGUAGUGGUUAAAUAUGAUUGAAUUCAGACUCUGUUGGUAGAGUUUUAUCAUGAAAUCCUGUCAAGAUUUUUAAGAAAGGAGACGUGCCCUGGUGUCAAAGACAUUCCUUGCUAAGGUAAAUUGAAUAAAUGAAAGUAUAAAUCAG